AUGCGAGUUGGCGAACCAAGUGAAGAAGAUGUGGAGGAAGAGGAAUGUAGAGAUAAAAAUGAAGCUGAAGAAGAAGAUGAAGAUGGAGACAAGGGCGAAGAUGAAGCUGAAGAUGCACAUGAAGCUGGGGAUGAAGAUGGGGAUGAAGAUGAGGAUGAUGAUGGACAUGAAACUGCAGCUGGAGCUAGAUCUAAAGAAGAUGAAGAUGAAGGCUCCGAUAGUAAGGAAGAAAGUGAUAAAAGACAAGAUGGUAAGAAGAGGAGGAGAAUAGAUGAAAGCUUAAUGAUUCGAAGGUUUGAGAGGAAAAGGGUUGAGGUUAUGAGCAUGGUCGCAAAAGUGAUGGUUGGUGAGCAACUUCAUGAAGGGAAGGUGCAAAGGUACAUAUUUGAUUCAAAAUUUAUGGCCAACCUAAGGGAUAAAAAGUUAAGAUGGUCUAUCUUUGAGGAUGCAAAGAUGGUCAUGCGUGAUCAACUUGGAUAUAACCUUAUAAAUUGUGAUUACCUUUUCUUACCCAUGCUUGUGUUUAAUCACUGGUUUUGCUAUUGUGCUGAUUUGAAAAAUGACAAAUUUUUCAUCCUUGAUUCAUUAGCUAGGAAGUUAUUUAAAGAGAAGAAGAUGAUGGCUGGAUUUAUGAGAACUAGCAUAAUUGAGUUGUUACAAGCAUGUAACCCGGAGAAAUAUGAAGAGGAUUUUCAGAUGGAGAUGAUAUUUGAAGAACUUCCCAAACAGAGUAAUGUGAACAACUGA